AAACAUCUCUAAUCCAGUAUUUCAGGUGCCGAGGUCGACCGAGCGAGCAUUGCUCACAGUGGCAGCGGACAGCAGCGGAAGCGAAGCGGAGUCAGUACAGUGUCCGAAGUGGAAAUUAAGGUGGAAGAGAACUCAUUAAUAAAACAACUCCUAAACAAAAAACGGCUUAAAAAAAAGAGAGAAGUUUCCGCGCGGCAGCUCGUGGAGUAAUUUUUUCCCAACUGAGAAACAGAAUCGCUUCGCUGCUUCUUCUUCUUCCACAACACUUUUUGAUCUCAAAGAGAAUAUUUCACCGCCGCUAAUAUUUUUUACCCGGCCAAGAGGUGAGUCUCUCUUUUUUUUAGUGUCGGUUUGUACGGCAACUUUUCCCCCCGAGAGUCUUGAGGGCAGACGGUCGCUGCGUGGGGCGGAAACGCCUGCGUACCUGGAGCUCAGGUGAAAACAGUUGGGACAUAUUUUCCAAUCUUUCCUGGAGUGAAGCCUUUGUUGCAGCUGCUGACAUACAACUACGGAGCAAAAUGUUUUUUCUUUGCAACGACGCUCAUUUUGUUCUGAAACAACAGUGAAGCUCUGACCAGUGGCAUACGAUGGUUGAGCUAUUUUUCUGGAUUCUCAAACUGCAUUUUUUUACAGUAGAAAACCACUGAUAACCAAAGGUUUGCCAAAACAAAGACUUGGACUUUAAUUUUUGGGCCUUGUGUUUGAGACAGAUUUUUUUUUCUACUGUCUGUCACUUCUUUUUACAAGGAUUACAAGACAAAGUAAAAGCAGCUUCUUGGCGAGCUGUUCACAUGGUGUAGAGGCCCAUGUGUAGCAGGGCAGCUCCUACGGCUCGCGGGAUAACUUAGCCUAGAACUAUUGGGGCGUGGCUCCUUACCCCCUGACUAGCCCACCUGUCGAAAGGCAGACUCCAUUAACCAAUGGCAUGGGUCAAGUUCUUCAAGAAGCGGGGCAAUCUGGGGAAAUCCUACCAGCCAGGGAGCAUGCUGUCACUGGCCCCCACCAAAGGACUGCUGAAUGAACCGGGACAGAACAGCUGUUUCCUCAACAGCGCCGUGCAGGUACUAUGGCAUCUGGACAUCUUCAGACGAAGUUUGAGGAAACUACCAGGCCACUUCUGUCAUGGAGAUUCCUGUAUUUUCUGUGCGUUAAAGGGUAUUUUCUCCCAGUUCCAGCAAAGCAGAGAGCGGGCGCUGCCCUCUGACAACCUGCGUCACGCCUUGGCAGAGACCUUUAAGGACGAGCAGCGCUUCCAGCUGGGCUUCAUGGACGAUGCUGCAGAGUGCUUCGAGAACAUUCUGGAAAGGAUCCACCUGAACAUCGUUUCCGAGGAGACAGAUUCCUGCACGUCAAUGUCUUGUAUCACACAUCAGAAGUUUGCACUGUCACUUUAUGAGCAGUCUGUGUGUCGCAGCUGUGGGGCGUCCUCCGACCCCCUGCCUUUCACAGAGCUGGUGCAUUAUAUCUCCACCACUGCACUCUGCGAACAGACGCAGCAGCGCAAAGAUGACUCCUUUGGAGAACUUUUACAGGUAGCAAGUACAAUCGGAGAUCUUCGAAACUGUCCAAGCAACUGUGGUCAGAAGAUACGGAUCAGGCAGGUCCUCAUGAACUCCCCAGAAAUUGUUACGAUAGGAUUCGUGUGGGACUCGGAACAGUCGGAUCUCACAGAUGAUGUGAUCCGCUCUCUGGGAAAUCAUCUCAAUCUUUCCGAGCUCUUUUACCGUGUAACCGAUGAACACGCUAAGAGGGCGGAGCUGCAUCUCGUGGGGAUGAUCUGCUACACCAGCCGCCACUAUUGUGCCUUUACCUUUCAUACCAAAUCCUCCAAAUGGAUCUUCUUUGAUGAUGCAACUGUGAAAGAGGUUGGCUCCAGGUGGAAAGAUGUGGUCACCAAGUGUAUCAAAAACCACUUUCAACCUCUCCUUCUUUUUUACUCUAACCUCGAUGGGAGUGCCAUCACCACGGAAGAUGCCUCAAUACAAAACAUCAGCCAUUCCCACUACAAGGCCUCAGUCAAUGGAGACGUGCCAGGUCACGAGUCUCCAGUUUUAUUACCCAAGAAGCUGGAGCUCACCAGAGAAAAUCUGAAGGCUGUGCUGGGCCACGAAACGCACAAACAGAAGACCCCUUCCACUCUCAGCAGGGGCAGUGCUCUGUCCAGUGGAGGACGGGGGCCAGUGAAAAUUGGCGCCACUGAUCCCAGGAGUCGCCUCAGGGAGAUCUCAAAAGAAGUGGCCCACAGAGCAGGAGAGCGGCGAGAAAUGCAUUCGCCCAGAAGAGAUGCUGAUCGAAGUGGUCAGCGGAGACUCGACCCGCGCCACAAAGAUCCAGGUCAAGACAGGCAGUUGUCCCGCUCUGCGUCUCCUCCCGAGAACGGCUUCAAACACUUGGAGACUCGACUGUACAGCAGCCAAGGAAAAGGUCCCAUCAGGACUGAGAGAACGCCACAUCUUGGCGGCGGCUCAUCUCACGAACGUCCGAGCUACCACUUGAGGGCCCAAGCGCCAACCACUGUGACUGUUGCAAGAAGUGGCCAGAACAACCGGAGUCUUGAUCAGCACUCCAACGGAUAUGACACGGACAGCAGCCAAGAUUCCCGAGAACGUCACGGAGCGAACGGCCGCAGCAGGCCCGGUCGCCCGUGGAGGCCCAUGCGGGAGGCGCUGAACGUAGACAGCGUUUUGAACUUUCGAGCCGAGGGAAAUCCUUUGAGCAAAGAGCCGAUGCCCCACAGCCCCCAGAGGAGACCCAGGAGUCAGUCGCCGUCGCCCGACAAGGAACGAGAUUAUGCGCGGGGAGCUCGGGAAGAACACAAACCAAAGAACCUGAUGACCAUUUACGAGGACGAGCAGAGGCACGAUAUCAGCGGCAGCCGCAGCUCCGUGGACUCCGACAGUCGAGGGGGGCACAGUGACAAGGAGAGGCCGAGGAGUUCAGGGACUCUGAAACGGCACAACGAGAGCUGGAAGAUCCAGAGAACUGAAUCUGGAUACGAAAGUAGUGACAGACUCAGCAACGGCUCAGCAAACCUCGACUCGCCUAUCGUAGACGCUGCGUCUACCAAGGACCUUCCACCCAUUCCUGAGCUGCAUCGGAUGAGGGAUCAGAUUCCCCAGAGGAAAUUUGACGAUUUGAUGGCUAACGUCAUGCACAUUACAUUUUCUUCUGGUGAACCGGGAAGCAAAUCUCCUGAUCUGCAUGACAUCCAACAAGACCAACGUUUGCAAAGAACAAGAGCCUUCAGAUACACUCCCGGGAUCCUGGAAAGGAACAGUGGCCUAGAUAGCGAACAAGAAGACGAUGCCGAUGACAGACAUUCGAGUCCCGUGCUUCCUUACUUCGUGAAGACCAGCAGUUCUGAAUGGAACAGCUCCGAUGACCUUACAGGACCUUUCUCUGAGCAGGAAGAGUCUGGUAGCUCCCAUGUAGACUCUUUCCCAUACAACCAUCCACCAUCUCUACCCCCCAAGACUUAUGGCAACUUUAACGUUGAGGCAUCUGGCUCCCUCCCACCGGGAGGGCCAGCGUGGUCGUGCCCCCUCAACGAGCCCAGAAAUGGCCUCUCGCACACCGCCCUCAGACGAUGGAUCGAGACCCCUGCCGAGCACGGGCUUUCGUCAGAGACCAGCUCCAAGUCGGGGUCAUCAGACCAGGAGCGGAACGAUCUGUCAGCCAGUGAAAGUGACGACCGGUUGCCCAGUCCGAAACCCAGCUAUAUCGGUGGCGCUGAACCACCGUCUUUAUCGAGCAAGGUGCACCCCACCACUUUCUUUUCUGUGGAUAGCUGUAUGACGGACACGUACCGGGCCAAAUACCACAAGAAGCAAGCGUUUUUGACGAGAGCCGAGGAGCAUACAUCAUCAGGGGAGAGCGAUGUGGAAGGAAGGGGCUUUGGUUUGACCAAUGUUCAAGUACUGGACUCUUCCAGAAGCAAAGCAGAUUCAGGUUUUUCCACAACAAAGACUAAAACUACAGCAAAGUGGAAUCCGGUUACCCUAAAAGGACUCGAUGAGCAUGGUUUCCUAUGACUGAUGCAAUGUGAACAAACUCUGGAGGAACUGCUACACUGUUUGACUUCAAUGGGGGGGGGGCUGAAACUGGAUGCGUGACAGAUUGUAGAAGGAUAGUAGGUGUGUGUAGCUAACUAUCUGGAUACUAAAAGCUUUAAAUGCCGAGGUUUUAGCUCAGAUGCUGUUGCUUAAAAGUACACUAGAAUAAUAAAAGCUUUACUGGAGUUGGGAACAUGUCAAGAAUGUGUCACAUAAAGCCACUUUACCACACAAGAGAUUAAAAAGUUUUGUCUUCAGUGGGAGAGAAACUUUAUUUAGUUGUGUUUUCUCUCAUAAAUAGAUUUCUUGUAUCUGAAUACCUCUUUCUGUUUCAGUGUUACUCUGUGUUUGCUUCAAUUCUUUCUUUUUGACUUGUUAUACCUGUUAUUUCAUGGGUUUUAAAGAUUAUUCACUGGUUAUAGUAAGUAACGGAUUUUUUUGUAAACUCGAGUGUUAAACAAACUCUCAAAUGUAUUCUGCCUAAAUUGAUAACAAUUUUUCACAUAAAGAAGGAUCUGCAAUUGUUUUUAUUGACUUUUAGCUAAAUUAACGUCUGGAUGACUUGCAAACAUUGCUCAAAACUAACUUUUGCUUGAAUCCAUACCGAAUAAAACUUGAUACAUCAAGGCCACUUAAGAAAAAACCUUGAAUUAGCGAAAGUGGACGCUUUGGUUGACAAAAUUAGCUUUUAACCCAACCGCACACAUCAGCUCAACUUCCUUUAUGUAUCGUCUUAAGUCUAUGCACUGCUCUUUCAAUUGAGGACUUUCUUGAACACUCCCUACGUCUUUAUCGUUCAUGUCUUUAGCGGCGUCCUGGGUUUGCUGCAAGUUGAAGGACAUACUGCUGUCAUAGUUGGACUCCAUUGUGGAAACUGUUCACUGUCAUGUUGAAGUUAUGAUAGAGUGGUGUAUCUGUCACUGGUUUCCUUUAGUUCAUUUAUAUAUAUAAUAUAUACACAGUGCCUUUUGUAAUUUUUAAGGCGGGAUUAAAUAGGAGCUAUGGUUUGAACAGCCUUUUGAUUUAAAGACUAAUUUUUUGUAACAUUUAAUUUUAUUUUUAUUAAAAAAUGUUAAAUAAAUUGUUUUAUUUAA